GCCGGACCGCCGGCGCGCUUGGCGGCAGUAGUGGGAGGCUGGCUGGCAGGCAGACGGACUCGCAGGCGGGUGGCGGCGGCCGUGCUUGUUAGUGAGGGCGGGAGGGAGUGACUCACUGAGCGUGUGUGAGGGAAGGAGCGAGCGAGCAGCCCGCGCCGUCCUCCCGCAGCACCAGCCAGGCCACACCGCCGCCUCUUCCCCUGCGCCCAGCGCCCAGGCCGGGCCGAGCCGAGCCGGGUCGGGCCCGGGCCAUGCUGCUCACCGUGUACUGUGUGCGGAGGGACCUCUCCGAGGUGACCUUUUCCCUCCAGGUCGACGCCGACUUUGAGCUGCACAACUUCCGCGCACUGUGCGAGCUCGAGUCUGGCAUCCCCGCAGCCGAGAGCCAGAUCGUCUAUGCUGAAAGACCUCUCACAGACAACCACAGAUCAUUGGCUUCUUAUGGCUUGAAAGAUGGGGAUGUUGUGAUUUUACGACAGAAGGAGAAUGCAGACCCUCGACCUCCAGUGCAGUUCCCAAACUUACCCCGCAUAGAUUUCAGUAGUAUAGCUGUGCCUGGCACAUCAAGUCCCCGGCCGCGCCAGCCACCAGGAACACAGCAGUCCCACUCAUCUCCUGGAGAAAUUGCUUCAUCUCCUCAGGGCUUGGACAAUCCAGCCUUGCUCCGAGAUAUGUUGCUGGCCAACCCGCAUGAACUAUCCUUGCUGAAGGAACGCAAUCCACCCUUGGCAGAAGCUCUGCUCAGUGGAGACCUUGAGAAAUUUUCUAGAGUCCUGGUGGAGCAGCAGCAGGACCGAGCCCGGAGAGAGCAAGAAAGGAUUCGUCUGUUUUCUGCUGAUCCCUUUGACCUUGAAGCUCAGGCCAAGAUAGAAGAAGACAUAAGGCAACAGAACAUUGAAGAAAACAUGACAAUAGCUAUGGAAGAGGCUCCAGAAAGUUUUGGCCAAGUAGUGAUGCUUUAUAUUAACUGCAAAGUGAACGGACAUCCUGUGAAAGCCUUUGUUGACUCAGGUGCCCAGAUGACUAUUAUGAGCCAAGCUUGUGCCGAAAGGUGCAAUAUAAUGAGACUGGUGGACCGUCGGUGGGCAGGGAUUGCCAAAGGAGUGGGCACCCAGAAGAUUAUUGGAAGGGUACAUCUAGCUCAGGUUCAGAUUGAAGGAGAUUUUUUGGCAUGUUCCUUCUCUAUACUUGAGGAACAGCCCAUGGACAUGCUUCUGGGACUGGACAUGCUUAAACGGCAUCAGUGUUCCAUUGACUUGAAGAAAAAUGUACUCGUGAUCGGCACCACAGGCUCCCAGACUACCUUUCUUCCUGAGGGAGAGCUACCAGAGUGCGCCCGGUUGGCAUAUGGGGCCGGACGAGAGGAUGUGCGGCCAGAGGAGAUUGCAGACCAAGAAUUAGCAGAAGCCCUUCAAAAAUCAGCAGAGGAUGCAGAGAAAAGCGGUAAAGAAUCUACCUCACUGGGAAUGUCGUCAUCAUUACCAACUUCAGAUGGGUUUAGCCAUCCAGCCCAUUCUUCAGGACAGAGUCCUGAGAUUGGUAAUCCUACGAGUCUUGCUCGCUCUGUCUCUGCUUCAGUCUGCCCUAUCAAGCCCAGUGACCCAGAUAGCAUUGAACCUAAAGCUGUGAAAGCUUUGAAGGCUUCAGCUAAAUUCCAGAUAAACUCUAAAAAGAAAGAACAUCUUUCUUUACAAGAUCUUUCUGAUCAUGCUUCUUCAGCAGACCAUGCUCCAACAGACCAGAGUCCAGCUAUGCCUUUGCAGAAUUCAUCUGAAGAAACAACUGUUGCAGGUAAUCUGGAGAAAUUUGUUGAAAGAAGCACCCAGGGCCUCAAAUUUCAUCUCCGUACAAGACAGGAAGCUAGUUUAUCUGUCACAACUACUAGGAUGCAUGAACCACAGAUGUUUCUAGGUGAAAAGGAUUGGCAUCCAGAAAAUCAGAACCUGAGUCAAGUGAGUGGCCUUCAGCAGCAUGAAGAACCAGGGAAUGAACAGUAUGAGGUUGCACAACAAAACACUUUACGUGACCGAGAAUAUCUUCGUAACAGAGGGGACCAUGAACUUCCUGAAGAAAGGCAACAGAAUCAACACAAAAUUGUUGAUUUGAAAGCUAUGAUGAAAGGAAAUGGGCUCCCACAGAAUGUGGAUCCUCCAAGUACGAAGAAAAGUAUUCCACCUUCAGGAUGCAGUGGCUGCUCAAAUUCAGAAACACUUAUGGAAAUAGAUGUAGCUGAACAGUCCCUAGUUACUGUGCUUAAUUCAACAGGCAGGCAGAAUGCCAGUGUCAAGAACAUUGGUGCGUUGGAUCUCACUUUAGAUAAUCCCUUGAUGGAAGUAGAAACAUCCAAAUGUAACCCUUCAUCCGAAAUUUUGAAUGAUUCCAUUUCCACUCAGGAUUUACAGCCCGCAGAAACUAAUGUUGAAAUAUCCGGAACAAAUAAAGACUAUGGCCAUUACUCCUCCUCUCCAAGUCUCUGUGGCGGUUGUCAGCCCUCUAUGGAGUCAGCAGAAGAAUCUUGUUCAUCUGUAACAGCAGCUUUGAAAGAACUUCAUGAACUUUUGGUCGUUAGCAGUAAACCAGCUUCAGAAUAUACAUCUGAAGAAGUAAUAUGUCAAUCAGAAACUGUAGCUGAGGGCCAAACCAGUAUCAAAGACCUUUCUGAAAGAUGGACCCAAUAUGAACAGCUUACCCAGAAGGAACAAUGUCCACAAGUCUCCUUUCAUCAGGCCAUGUCUGUAUCAGUGAAGACAGAAAAAUUAACAAGUACUUCAUCUGUCACUGGAACAGAAGCUGUAGAAAAUGGUGAUGACCUAUCAACUGAUAAGGAGGGUGUCCCCAAAUCUAGGGAAUCCAUAAACGAGAACAAUUCUGUCACUAUAACCUCAGCUAAAACAUCUAAUCAGUUACAUGGCACCUUAGGUGUAGAAAUUUCACCCAAACUUUUAUCAGGUGAGGAGCAUGCACUCAAUCAGACUUCUGAGCAAACUAAGUCUUUGUCUUCCAAUUUCAUAUUGGUUAAAGACUUAGGUCAGGCCAUACAGAAUUCAAUAACAGACAGGCCUGAAACCAGAGAAAAUGUCUGUCCUGAAGCUUCAAGGCCGUUUCCUGAAUAUGAACCACCUACCAGCCAUCCGUCAUCAAGUCCUUCCAUUCUUCCACCGUUCAUUUUUCCUGCUGCAGAUAUUGACCGGAUUCUCCAAGCUGGCUUUACUUUACAGGAAGCUCUUGGGGCUUUGCAUCGAGUUGGUGGAAAUGCAGACCUUGCACUUCUUGUUUUGCUAGCAAAAAACAUUGUAGUUCCUACAUGACUAUGGGAAAGUGGGCUAGACCGUUCUCCAUUCCCUUUAAAAAAAAAUGAAAGCUCUCUAUAUACACACACACAUACACACUCACCACGUAUACAGUAUAUGUAGAAAUCUGCAAGCAGAAUGUUGAGCCAGAUUUUUUUUUAAAGAUUUUUUUCGGCCAAAGUAAUUUAUGAUCUCUUGUCUGAUGAAUUUGUCUAUCCUACUUGUUAAAAUUUAGGCCUUUUUUAAUGUAUUGGCAGUAUGUGCAAACAAAAGCUUUUUAUUCUCAUUAAGAUGUAUUCUGGAAUAAAAUGGAUAGUUUUGUGUAUAGCAUACUGUUUUAGAAUGAGAGUGAAUGCUUUGAAAAGCAGAAGCCAUGAGAAAUCUCACUACCCAUGCAGCUAAAAACAGAUGAACUCUCCACACUGUGACUGUGUCUUUGCUGAUGGCAAGGUAUGGCUUGCUGGCUCAGUUGUCAAUUUUGAAAUUUUUGACCACAUAGUUUGGUGUUUGGAAUUCUACCCAGUGCUCUGUGUAUUAUGAUUUAUUAGUUAUAAGAGGAAAUUGGAGAAUAAUUGAAUAUCAUAUCCUAGAGUGGUAUGUUUUUCUUUGCGUGCUUAGGACUUGACAUUUUAAGAGGGUGAGCAGGAGGGUUUAAAUCUUGGGCUGCUUUGUGCAUCACAGGCUGCUGCAUAGGGAUUGCCAUGAAACCUUAUUCCAUUGGAUGGGAUACUGUGGGGAGUUAGAAUUAGAGUGAAACAUGGUGCUACCCCGAUUUUUAAACAGAACAACCAUAAUUCCAUUUGCAGAUGUCAAGAACUGUGAGAGAAAAAUAAUGGCCUAAACACUGGAAUUUGCCAGAGUUUGGGUUUGCUAGCAUUUCACUGAUAACACCUCAACCCUUAAUGACUAAUGAUGACCUAAGUUCAGGAAUGGGUUGAUUGCCAGCGGCUUAUUUCCUUUCUAGACUCAUCUUCUACUAGGACAGUCUUCAGAAGCUCAAUGUGAGCUGUGAUCUGAGUGAAGUACUGAAGUGUGAUAACCUUGUCACUGGUUAAUCUUGGUGCUUGGAAUGGUCAGUCUAUUUGAACGGUGUCCUUUGUGGCAGUGGAAAUAGCAAUUACAGUUUCUGACUUAAGUGGCCUUGGGAGAGUUUUCCAUCCUUUUCUUUCCUCAGGAGUUUCUUUUUCAAGCAAAAUUCAUCAUAUUUGUGUUUACCAUGUCAAGUUAGAGUGGGGCAUAAUAUAUAGAUGUAUUUAUUGUGGCCUUUUUUUAUAUAAGGACUAGCCCUUGGAAAUCACUGUCCUGUGGGCCCCACUGUGCAAUAAUCCUACUGGAUAGGUUUUAGAUAAUUCUUUCCUAGAAAAUAAACUUGUUCUCUUGGGUACCUGGCAGGAAUCUGAAAUCUUUGUUUUAUUGAAAAGAAUUUUGAGAUUCAUAAUUUCUAAUUCUUGAUUAUAGUUUGUAACAUGUUUGAAACAGAAGCUUCAAAAGAGUGAUUUCUCAACAUAGUGUUAAAUGAUUUUGUCUGAAGUCUGACUCUUUGUAAGCUUAUUCAUUUCAUCAAAUUUUAAGUCAUUGAGCACAAUCAAAAUGGAGGCUCAUAUCUCAGGAGUUUUUGAAAUUUUAAUUUAGGGGCACUUAGAGACAUUUUUUUCUACCCCAUCCAACUUCUUCCUUUCCUUUUGCUAUAAUGUUUAUAUGUAUAAGACUUUAGUGAUGGGAUGGCAAGUCACGCAGAUUCACCAUGAUCCUUUAUGUGGUUAGGAAUUGGUUGACAGAAGGAGUUGUAGUUUACUGCUUUUCAGAGGGCGCUCAGAACAGCAGGUUAGCAAGGUUAUCUUCAAGAUGUUCUUCUAGACAGCUGCACAUUGUAGACCCUUUCGCCUGCCCUACACCAAAGAUGUACAAUGCACUAGGAAACUGCUUACAGGAUUUCUGUCAACUGACUUAAAGCUGUGAUUGUAAUUAAAUAGUUGGUGCUAUGAUUGAUGCAAAAUCCAGUAGCAAUGCAAUGGGACGCUGUAUUUGCUUUAUGGGUGGUGGUUUGAGAAUGUAUUCUAAGCUUGUAACUCUUUGGAACAUGGGGCGGGAAGGGUGGGGGGACUUACUGGUAACAAUAGACUCCUCCCAAGGGCCUUCCAUGUAAGCAGAAUGAACCUUGGCACACAAUUCAGUGUGGAGAUUUGGGAAACAGUUCCAGGUGGAAUAGAUAAUAGUCUGGAAAAGAUUUCAUUAAGAUAGCUUUUUGUGUAUGUGUAUGUAUAUUUAUUUUUAGGGAUCUAUAGUUGUACACGAAUUCCUGUUAGGAAUACUUUGAGCUUGAAUUCCUGUUAGGAAUACUUUGAGCUUAACCCACUUCCCAAAUACCCUUUAUCCCUUCCAUCAUUUUUGAGAUGGGAUCUUAACAGUGUUGCCCAGGCUGGACUCAAACUCUGGGGCUCAAGCAAUUCUUAACCUCAUCCUUCUGAGUAGCUGGGACUACAUAAUGCCCAGUUAAUAAUUGCUUUUGAUUUUUAAAAUAUUGCCCAUCAUUUUUAUAAAAAUUAAGCUGUUUGGCCAACACAGUGAAACCUCGUCCCUAUGAAAAAUACAAGAAAAUGAAUCAGCCUUAGUGGCGCACACCUAUAGUCCCAGCUGUUCGGGAGGCUGAAGCAGGAGAAUUGCCUGAACCCUGGAGAUGGAGGUUACAGUGAGCCAAGAUCGUGCCACUGCACUCCAGCCUGGGUGGCAGAGCAAGACUGCAUCUCAAAAAAAAAAAAAACUGUUGACACUAUUAAUAUUUUUGGAUGAUUUAAAUGUAGCAGCUCUAGAAUGCAAAGAGUAUUAAGGAGAAUUACAAUAGUGAACCUUCAUUGUCAGUUUUUAUUCAAUUAAGAGCUCCAAAAAUGCAGAAACUGUAGUAACUUCUAAGAAUACAAUCAAAUCCUUGUGAGUUCUGGUUGCCAACAGUAAUAACCAGUAAUGGGCACCUUCACUGGACAGCUCCUUUACCAUAACCAGUAGCGGGCAGUUUUGCGGUCAGCACUUACCUCCAAGAGUGGUCUGUUUGUUCACCAAAGAGAGAAGAUUUUCCUGUGUACUUUGUGCCAUUUCCCUGAAGCUGGUUCCUGAGCAGAAGGAUGUGCUUGGAAACCAGACAGCAGCUUUACAUAGGUUGUAGAUUUUGCUCAUUGAUGCUGUUAAGAAUUAUUUCCACUCGUACUUGUUCAGGGCUCCAGACAGCCAAUAGCCUUCAUCCCACAGUUUGGGCUUCAACUAUUAACACAUAAAGAUAACCAAUUGUAGCCGGUUGCAGUGAUUCACACCUGUAAUUCCCACACUUUGGGAGGCGGGGGUGGGAAUUUUCCCCACCUGAGGUGGGGAGUUUGAGAUCAGCCUGACCAACAUGGAGAAACCCCAUCUCUACUAAAAAUACAAAAUUUGCCGGGCAUGGUGGCGCAUGCCUGUAAUCCCAGCUACUGUGGGCUGAGGCAGGAGAAGUGCUUGAACCCAGGAGGUAGAGGUUGCAGUGAGCUGAGAUCAGUCCAUUGCACUCCAGCCUGGGCAACAAGAGUGAAACUGUCCUAAAAAAAAAAAAAAAAACAGUUGCUUGGCAAAGGAAGCUGGAGAGAUGGUGAGUGCAUGUGUUAAAACUCUUCUGCCUUGCAGCCCACAUGUUCUAGAGCUCCCUGUCUCCGUACGUACUCAUGGGAGAUGCAACCCUGUGUUUUUUUCCCCAAAGCAUGUCUCUAGCAAGAGGGUACAUAGAAAUGGAAUACAAGGCUUUGUGUCACUGAUUUUAUGAUAACCAGUUAAUGUGGAAUCUGCUGGUUGUCUUACUAUAGUUUUCUAUCUCCAGUGAAAGCCAUAAAAAUUUAGGUUAACUUUUAAGCUCAUGUCUAUAUAUAUAUGUGUAAGUUAGCAUAUACAUAUGGUGAUUGACAAAUAUAGUUAAUUUUAUAUAGAUUUAAAAGCAAGCGAUUUUUAUAUCUACAGACGUACUCUUCACUAUGGUGGCUUUUAUCCUGCCACAUAUAUGUGUGUGUGUGUAUGUAUGUGUGUGUGUGUGUGUGUGUGUGUGUGUGUGUAGCAAACAGCCUUGCAAAUCAUCAGCCAGAAGAGCUGCAGGGCAUUGCAAUGGCCUUUUCCUACCUGUUUGCCACCUGUGGUGAGGGUGAGCAGAAUGAUUGAACUGCUGCAUGUUUCAAACCUGUUGUCACUGGUAGUGUGUCCCAAGAAAAGAUGACCAGAUAGAUUAUGCAUUCGACUCUUCUCUAGCACAAAUACUCACCAAAAAGCCAAACUUCUCUUUCAAAUUUGGUGACUUGGUGUAGUCUGUGGCUGACCUAAAAAGACACAGAAUUAUCAAGAGUUUUCCUUCUUAGAAGAGGAAUGUUACCUUUAGUGUUAGGAGGUACAGAAAUUAAAAAGAUUUUUCUAGAAUUGCUAAUUCGUCUUGACCACAAAGUAAAUUCAAAGCCUGUCCUUGAGACCUGGAAAUGUAAAAUCAUGGUUCAAGUUUUAUACCUUAGUGAUCCCUCAGUAGGUGUUACUAGAAGUUCAUUGAAUGAACUAAAGAACUUAGGAAGUGAACCUUCGGUGUGCUUGAUUUUCUUUUGUGCCUUAGUUUCUCUGAAUAGCAGAGGCAUCACAUUUUGGUGGGAAAUAAAAGGAGUAUUGGGGAAAGUUUGAAAUUAGCUCUCCUGGAGAUGGGGGGCACACAGUGAUCCUCAGGCUUACCUUGACUGAGGUGAUUCAGAAUUACCCGGCAUCAAGUCAUUAGACUUCUUUAGUGUAAGGAUUGUAAUAGGGAUUUUUGCAUCACCAAAAGCAAUUUUUAGAUGUUUAUGUUCUUUGUUGUACUAUCAGUGUUGUGCUGGUUAAGGGAGAGAAGGGUUGAAGGAAAUCUUAAUAUUUGAAAGGAAAUCGGCACUCUUGAAGGCAAUGCACCGUGAGUCUUGAACAAGAAUUCCUUGCUACUUGGAUUCGUUCAUCAAAUAUUGAGUGCCUGUGUGCCAGGUACCGGUGAACUCUGGGGAUUCAGCAGUAACUAAAGCAGAUUGGAACCCUGCCCUUGUGAAGCUUUCAAUCUAGAAGGGAGACAUGAAACAAAUUUUAGCUUCAAAAGCAACAUCUGUUUUUGCCUGUUAGCAUGCAUUUAUUUUAAAAGUCAUAGUAGAGUUACUUGGUUCCACUUCAGAGCAGACUGGGAAAAUCAGGCAUACAAUGGAAUCAGAUGCUGUGGGCCUAAAACAGCUCUUUAAAAACCUUUUUUUAGGCAGAGCGUGGUGGCUCACGCCUGUAAUCCCAUCACUUUGGGAGGCCAAGGCAAGUGGAUCAUGAGGUCAGGAGUUCAAGACCAGCGUGGCCAAUAUGGUGAAACCCCGUCUCUACUAAAAACACAACAAUUAGCCAGACUUGAUGGCAUGCGCCUGUAUUCCCAGCUAUUCACGAGGCUGAGGCAGAAGCAUCACUUGAACCUGGGAAGUGGAGGUUGCAGUCAGCCAAGGUCACACCACUGCACUCCGGCAUGGGUGACAGCAUGAGACUCAAAAAAAAAAAAAAAAUAUAUAUAUAUAUAUAUAUUUUAAUGGAAUCAGAGAAACCAACAAAAAAUGUAAGCUGUAUAAAUGCCUAAGGAGGUCAGUUACUAAGAUCCAUUUAUAAUGCUGGAGGAGAGGGGGGAUGGGCAGGAAAGAAAUGCAACAAAUAAAUGGAAGAUAAUCCCAAAAAUGCACCAGUGGCAGUCAGUCCCUCCAUCACACCUCCUCACAUGCAGGGCAGAAACACGGAGUGUGCUGCAGCAGCCGCCUCGCCUCCCUUUGUGAGCACGGCUGCUCCGGAAUACUGACCAUCUGGGCAAGUGGGACAUAGCAGAGGGUUCUGCAGGAUGUGCUAUUUUAAAGCAGCUGGGUGCAACUUCUCAAAACGGGAAUCUAGAGCAGAAAAUGUAACGAGCGACGGCUGGGAUUGGUGGACAGGAUUGACGGGAGCAUUUGAGGCUCUACCAAGCCUGUCUACAGGACAGCUUCAUCAAAGGUACAUUUUUUAACCCGUUAUUUUAGAUGCCACAUAUAUGUUGUAAUCCUAAAGCAUGCAGGUAGAAUUUCUGGAUCAUGGCUACUAGUGACUUGAGGUUUACAGUUAGAAAAUGUUCUCAAAGGUUUAUCAGUUAUAUACUGAUGAUUGGCCAUCUAGACCCUCUGGAGGCUGUAGAACGUGAAAGGAUACAGCUGACAAGUUUUAGGGCACCAUCUUAUGGAAUGAAAUCUGCAAAGAAAAUGGUUCAAGGGCAUGGGGGUUAGAGAAUGUUUCUUUUACCUAAAAACAUUAAGCCAACUAUGGAAGAUUGGGGUCAUGGGGGCAUGAAAUACAAAAUUACGAUAAUUUAUGCAGAACUAGGUUUCUUUAAAUAUGUUCGGUAAGAAGGUUUUCAUUAGCUAAUUUGGGGAGGGGGCAUGGUGCAGUAUUUUUUUUCCUAGGAACAUGCAUUUCUGAUGGGAAAUUCUCUUGUUUACAAGCAUUGGUUUUACACACAACACUGAAUGAAUGUGUCUGUGGCCUAAAAGUGGUAGACCUGUAUUUUGCGCCAGAGGCAGUCAGAUUUGUUUGUUUCCUGAUUCCUACUGUCUGAGAUUACCUGAUGCUGACCAGACUUCUUUUUCCUUUCCUGAAUCUUCACAGCUUUCUGAGUUUAUACCUUCCAGGACCUUCCCAUUUGAAUUACUAGAUUUCCAUUCUAUCCCCUGAUCAUCUUUUUUAAAUAGUUCUAGUGUUAAACUCAGAGCAGUUGAAUAUAUUGAUUGAAUUUUAUUUUUUCGCUUUGUACCUACAACAAAAAUUGAUUUGUUCAUUUUUAUUCCAAAUCUCAUCUUCAUGGCAAGUUGGGCUAAUGGACUUUGCACUCAAGAAAGGUUUGUUUACCAGUUUUGUAGCCAUAUUUGGCAAAUCUUAGCAAAUAGAAACCCUGUCUUUUCCCUCUUUAUAUGUUCUUGCAGUUGCUCUUGUAUUGCAAGAUUUUCUGACUUCUUUAAGCUUUGAGACUACUGCAUCUUCAAAGAAGAACUAGGCUGACUGGCACAAAGUCUUGCUGGUGCCCUGUCACUCCCAUGAUGCUUUGGUUUUGAGAGUUGGGAAAACUCUGAGAACUUAAGGGAACCAAACUCAGGAAUCCCAAAAUUGGUGGCAUUAUGCCACUCGUUUAGGGGCUGAACAUAGGACCCGUCUGAAACUGAGUGAACUAGAUGCAUUUGGGUUUGAAUUUUUGUCACAUACUGAAAUGUAAGUCAGCCCUAAAUAAUUGAAACACUUUAUUUUAUUUUUUUUUAAAUAGGAACUUUCUGAAGAAAAAGUGGUGUGUAAAAUUUGAUAUUUAAGACAAUAAAGUUUUUAUCAUAAGA